CCGCGGUGGCAACAGCAUCUUGCCGUGCCGCAACAUUUAUCUGAACAAUUCAUUCAUAAUCGAUAGUAACAGUAGAUGAUAUGACUGUGGGUGUUACAGCAGCGGCAGCGGGCACUUUCCCAUUCCAUCAAUAACUGUUUUGUGUGUUGUGUUGGUUGGUAGCUUGGAAGAAAAGAAGAAACGAUGCGUGGGCGAUCAAGGAGCGUGUUAUUGUGCGUGUGUGUGGUGAUAGGGAUCUUGUGUGCGUUCCCAAUCACUCUGAGGGCGCGCCCCUUCGUCCUCGUCCUAUCUCAGGAGGACUUCAAGGAUGCCCCCGCCGACGACUCAUCCGCCGCCGCGGAUCCUGAAUCCUCCGCCGACUGGGAUGACUUCGGCGACUCCGACCCCCACAAGUCCGAGCACGAGCUUGACCCCGAUUCAUGGCGCCCCAUCUUCGAGCCUGAUUUUCCCCUCUCCCCCAACCCUCCCUCCGACUCCGAGGCCCUUUACUACUCCGGCAUCUCUAAGAUCAUGUCCGCGGCCACCUCUGCCGACGUCAGGCUCAGCGAGGAGGGCGCCGCUGAGAUCGAGGCUGCAGCGGAGUCCGGUUACCCGGGGGCGCAGUCGGUGCUAGGGUUUUUGUCCGGAAUGGGUCUCCUUCGAGAGAAGAGCAAAUCAAAGGCGUUCCUGUACCAUCACUUUGCCUCUGAUGGUGGCAACAUGCAGUCCAAGAUGGCCUUGGCCUAUAUCUACACUCGCCAAGAUAUGUUUGAGAAAGCUGUGAAGAUUUAUGCUGAGCUAGCUGAAGUAGCUGUGAAUAGUUUCUUGAUUUCAAAAGACUCCCCGGUAAUUGAACCUAUUAGGCUUCACAACGGGGCCGAGGAGAAUAAGGAAGCUCUCAGAAAAUCAAAAGGGGAGGAGGAUGAGGACUUCCAGAUUCUGGAGUACCAGGCCCAGAAGGGGAAUGCAGGAGCCAUGUACAAAGUUGGCCUCUUUUACUACUUUGGCCUCCGGGGAUUGCGCCGCGACCAUUCCAAGGCACUCUCCUGGUUCUUGAAGGCCGUUGAGAAGGGAGAACCCAGGUCCAUGGAACUUCUUGGGGAGAUAUAUGCUAGGGGCGCUGGUGUGGAGAGGAACUACACAAAGGCCCUUGAAUGGCUUACCCUUGCAUCCAAACAACAGCUAUAUUCUGCUUAUAACGGGAUGGGUUAUUUGUAUGUCAAGGGGUAUGGAGUCGACAAGAAGAAUUACACUAAAGCAAAAGAGUACUUUGAAAAGGCUGCUGAUAAUGACGAGGUUGGAGGGCACUAUAACUUGGGUGUCAUGUAUCUCAAAGGAAUUGGAGUGAAAAGAGACGUGAAACUAGCAUGUAAGUUCUUUAUAGUGGCUGCUAACCAAGGUCAACCAAAGGCAUUCUACCAGCUGGCGAAGAUUUUCCAUAUUGGUGUUGGAUUCAAGAAGAACAUACCCUUGGCUACUGCUCUGUACAAACUUGUUGCAGAGCGGGGUCCAUGGAGUUCUUUGUCUAGAUGGGCACUGGAAUCAUACUUAAAAGGUGAUGUUGGCAAGGCAUUCUUGUUGUAUUCAAGAAUGGCUGAGUUGGGCUAUGAGGUGGCACAAAGUAAUGCUGCAUGGAUUCUUGACAAAUAUGGUGAGCGUAGCAUGUGCUUGGGGGAAUCUGGAUUUUGCACUGAUGCAGAAAGGCAUCAGCGUGCACAUUCUCUGUGGUGGCAAGCUUCUGAGCAGGGUAAUGAACAUGCUGCUUUACUCAUUGGAGAUGCAUAUUACUAUGGUCGGGGUACUACCAGGGAUUAUGAGCGAGCUGCUGAGGCUUACAUGCAUGCCAAGUCACAAUCAAAUGCACAAGCCAUGUUCAAUCUUGGAUACAUGUAUGAGCAUGGGCAAGGACUUCCAUUUGACCUUCAUCUAGCCAAGCGAUACUAUGAUGAAGCUCUAGAGCAUGAUCCUGCAGCAAAGUUGCCGGUCACACUAGCUCUUACAAGUUUGUGGGUUCGUAAGAACUAUGCUGACAGUUUCUUGGUCCAUCUGAUAGAUUCUUUGCCAGAAGUCUAUCCCAAAUUAGAGGCAUGGGUGGAGAAUGUACUUUUGGAGGAGGGAAAUGCUACAAUUCUCACCCUUUUUGCAUGCCUCUUAACUGUGCUAUAUCUCCGGGAGAGGCAACGAAGGCAGGGUGCUGUUUUGGCUGGAGAGGUGGCACAGCAAAAUCACCCUAAUGACAUCAGAGUGCCAGCACCAAAUUAGUUCAUGGCGCUACUAGCCUGAAUCAGGUAUAAGAGUGAUUUUGUUGGCCUUGAUUUCAUGUUCAAUAUAUCUCUUAGAGGGUGCCAGGUUCUCCUUCCCCUUAGGUGGGAGGAACUAACUAGCUUUAGGGAAAUUUGUACCGUAGGGAUCUUAUAUUGCGGAAAUAAGAAGUGAAUUUGUAGAUAUUCAUCAUUACUUUUGUGAGGGAAUUGUCAGAGCUCCCGUAUAGAAUUACUUUGGUGAUUUUCCUUUACACUGUAAUUUCACAAAUCAGAAUAUAACCUAUUCAGAGUUCA